AGCAGGAGCGAGAACUCGCGGGUCCCGACUGUCCAGCACGUCGCCCGCGCCCCCACACUAUGCAGGACCCCCGCGUGCUGGCCGCGCUGUGCGGCACGCUGCUCUGCGCCUCCGGCCUCUUCGCCGCUUCGGGUGACUUCUGCGACUCCAGCCUGUGCCUGAAUGGUGGGACCUGCUUGAUGGGCCAGGACAACGCCCUCUUCUACUGCCUCUGCCCUGAGGGCUUCACAGGCCUCAUUUGCAACGAGACAGAGAGAGGUCCUUGUUCCCCAAACCCAUGUUACCACAAUGCUGAGUGCCAGGUGAUUGGCGAUGCGCACCGAGGGGAUGUCUUCACCCAGUACAUUUGCGUGUGCCCGCAGGGCUACGUGGGCGUCCACUGUGAGACCAGCUGUGCCAAGCCUCUGGGCAUGGAGGAGGGUGCCAUCGCUGACUUCCAGGUCUCCGCCUCUUCUGUGCACUUGGGCUUCAUGGGUUUGCAGCGCUGGGCCCCGGAGCUGGCCCGCCUGCACCGCACGGGCAUCGUCAACGCCUGGACAGCCAGCAACUAUGACAGGAAGCCCUGGAUCCAGGUGAACCUGCUUCGGAAGAUGCGGGUGACAGGUGUGGUGACACAGGGUGCCAGCCGGGCAGGUUACGCCGAGUACCUGAAGACCUUCAAGGUGGCCUACAGCCUUGAUGGACUCAAGUUCCAGUUCAUCCAGGAUGAACAGCGGUCUGGAGACAAGGUGUUUGAGGGAAAUGUGGACAAUAGCGGCCUGAAGAUCAACGUGUUCAGCUCGCCCCUGGAGGCACAGUAUGUGAGGCUGUUUCCUGUGUCCUGCCGCCGGGGCUGCACCCUCCGCUUUGAGCUCCUUGGCUGUGAGUUGAAUGGAUGCUCUGAACCUCUGGGCCUGAAGGACAACACCAUCCCCGACAAGCAGAUCACAGCCUCCAGCAGCUUUAAGACCUGGGGCCUGCGUGCCUUCGGCUGGUACCCCUUCUACGGGCGGCUGGACAGGCAGGGCAAGUUCAACGCCUGGACCGCCCAGACCAACGAUGCCUCUGAGUGGCUGCAGGUUGACCUAGGUUCCCAGAAAGAGGUGACAGGCAUCAUCACCCAGGGGGCCCGUGACUUUGGCCACAUCCAGUACGUGGCAGCUUACAAGGUGGCCUAUAGUAACGAUGGUGUGAACUGGACCGAGUACAAGGAGCAAGGGGCUGCGGACAGCAAGGUCUUCCCUGGAAACUUGGAUAACAACUCUCACAAGAAGAAUAUGUUUGAGACAUCUAUCUUUGCCCGCUAUGUGCGCAUCCUGCCUGUGGCCUGGCACAACCGCAUCACGCUGCGCCUGGAGCUGCUGGGCUGUGGCGAUAGGCCCAGCCGAAGUAGUGAGGGCCGUUGAGGCUGCUGGGCCACCUGCCCCUCCCAGAACCUCCUGCGUCCUGUGGGCCAUGCCUCUUUGGAACUCCUUUCUGAUUGUAGUGGGGCUGGGGGCAGGGAGGGCAGUGGGGCUUCAGAGGAGAUGCCAACAAGCAGUCCCCUCCCUCCCUCCCUGUCCUCACCCCCACCCUCCAUCUUCCACUGUCCCUGGCACCCAGCCCUCCUGCCAUCUCAUUUUCUCAGGCACUGUGGAGUUGAGUAGGUCUGGGAUGGACAGGGAGGGGCAGGCUCAGGACUGUGGGUUCCCUACACCUCUCCAGAGUCCCGCACUCCAGCCUCUGGGUCCACUCUGCCAGGGUCACCUUGAACACCUUUCUGCACACCACACUCCCAUGUCCCCAGAGGAAGCCGUGAGGCACAGUUUGGAAGUAACAGGCUGCUGCCUCAGGCCUGACACUGCACCCACCUGGCAGUACUUCCCCUUUAUCCCCCUGGAGACCCCUCUGGACCUUUGUCCCGAAGCCCUAGGAAGACAGAAGCUGGGGGGGUGCGUUCUGUGGACAGAUGGGGAAGCCAGCUGGGCAGGGAGGUGGGCAGGCUGGGUGGGUGUGGGGGCCUCUGUGCUG